CCUUUUUUCCUUUUUUUAAAAGUAAUUAUUCUUAAAUAAACUCAGCCUGCUUUUCUCCUCCACCCCGCCUGUCAGCGUCUCUGCUUUCCGGGAGGCUGCUUCGUCGCCAUGCACUCGACUGAGUCAGCGGUGGUCGCUACGAACUCGGGGCAACCGCCCCACAGCAGCAGUGAUGACGGGCGUUUUAGUGUCCUCAGCUGGCAGCAGGUGCAGCGGUUGGACCAGAUCCUCGAAGAAGCUGUGCCCAUCCACGGCCGGGGCAACUUCCCGACUCUGUCCGUGCGGCCGCGCAGGAUCGUGCAGGUGGUUCGCAGCCGUCUAGAAAAGAAGGGGGUCGCUGUCCAUAAUGUGAGGCUGAAUGGCUCAGCAGCUAGCCACGUGCUGCAUCAAGACAGUGGUCUGGGAUACAAAGAUCUGGAUCUUAUUUUUGGGGUCGAUCUGAAAAGUGAGGAUGUCUUCCAGCUGGUGAAAGACGUUGUAAUGGACUGCCUCUUGGACUUCCUCCCAGAAGGGGUAAACAAAGAUAAGAUCACUCCCAUGACUCUGAAAGAGGCCUAUGUGCAGAAGUUGGUGAAAGUGUGCAAUGAAACGGACCGCUGGAGCCUUAUCUCGCUGUCGAACAACAGUGGGAAGAACGUAGAACUCAAAUUUGUAGACUCUCUCCGACGGCAGUUUGAGUUCAGUGUUGAUUCCUUCCAGAUCAUAUUGGACUCCCUGUUGCUGUUUGGGGAGUGUUCAGAGAACCCAAUGUCUAAGAACUUCCACCCUACAGUCACUGGGGAGAGCAUGUAUGGGGACUUUGAAGAGGCAAUGGACCAUCUGAAGAACAGAAUCAUCGCCACUAGGAAUCCAGAGGAGAUCAGAGGCGGCGGGCUUCUAAAGUACUGCAACCUCCUUGUGAGGGGAUUUAAGCCCAAAUCGGAGGUCGACAUGAAGGCACUACAGAGAUACAUGUGCUCCAGGUUUUUUAUAGACUUUCCUGACAUUGGAGAGCAGCAGCGGAAGUUAGAGUCCUACCUCCAGAGCCAUUUUGUUGGCAUGGAGAGUAAGCGGUACGAUUGCCUGAUGACCCUGCACAGAGUGGUGAAUGAAAGUACAGUGUGCCUGAUGGGACACGAAAGGCGGCAGACGUUGAACCUCAUUGCCAUGUUGGCUGUGAGAGUCUUGGCUGAGCAGAACAUAAUCCCGACAGUCACAAACGUGACUUGCUAUUAUCAGCCGGCACCCUAUGUCAGCGAAAUAAAUGUCAAUUACUAUGUAACCCACGUGCAACCUCUCAUGCCUUGCAGUCACUCCUACCCAACUUGGCUCCCCUGCAACUGAGCUUUGCGAUGGCUCUCCUUAAUACUCUGGGGAGGGCAGUGGGAGUAGAGGCCAUUCACCCUUGAGAAGAAGAAAAAAACAAAACCAGAAUUCUUGCGUCUACAUUGGAAUGAAGUCAGUCUGCUGUAUACUGUGGGGAAAACCGUGCAGUGUUAUGAGUAGUUAUCAGAGAUGUUUACAGUAAGAAAAUGCUUGAGUUAUGUAUGGGGUGAGUAGGAUUAGGUUAAAAGGUAGAGCUGCACUACCUGAGUUGAAAGAUUUUUUUUUUCCUUUUUUAGUACAAGAGAUGGGGCUGUGCAGACUCUGUUUCUGAAGAGAUGCCAGAGUGGCUGAUUCCUUGUAAAGGACCAAAGAUAUCCUAUUAAAAGUGCCUGCAACCAAAAAAAAAAGAAAAAAAAGAAUUGUACUGUAACCUUGAUUUUUUUUUUUUUUUGGGUAGGGGCAGAGCUCCCUCUUGGUAGUUCAAGUAGGGAUAUCUGAUUUUUUUUUGGGGGGGGUAGGGUCACCUGAUCAUUUCUGUCAAGGGAACCGAUGCAGGCAGUGGCGUGAAAGAGCUGCUGCUGCCUCCUGGGCUUGCUGUUAGAGAUGAGCCAGCAGUACUGAUUGGCAAUCAGUGUGGGGAGCCAGAGGUAGUAAGCAUCAGUACCACUGUUUUUGAGGUUGUACAAAAAAUCCUCGUGAAGGCUGAAAGGAAGACUGGGAACCUGUCUCCAAGUAUUGCCCUACUGAAUGCGCGGUGCCAAAAAUGUGACUUCGGGAAGUAAAUGUCCUGGAGGGGAAGGGGAAAAUGUUGGGAUUUGCGUGGUAUUAAAAAAACCCACUGAUUGGUAGGUGGUUGGGAUUAAAUGAGUUUGACCUGAAACACCAGCAGACUUAGGUAGACUGACCUGUUCUUGGUGGGGGUUUUGCCUGUGGUUGAAGUUUGGGCAAAGAGCUCUGGAGCUCUUACUGAAAACUGCAACCAGUUCUUUUUAACCCUGUUUCCCCUGCUCUGAGAAUGGCGCUCCUCCUCCUUUAACUAGAUGCCUGUGUCAUUCUGCUUGGCUCCAUACCUGAGUAAAAUGGCAUUUGAUGAAACUUAUCGAUGGACCUCUGUUAGCAAGGACUUGGGAGGAGAGAGAUCCUCGGUUUCCCUUCUCUGGCAACUGGAAGGGAGAUCUCAGUUAAAGCCAAUCAGAGUGACUUGCGUCCAAGAGGAUUUUAGUGUGUCAUGUAUAAAUACCAGAAGUUUGAAGUGGGCUACCUACACAGCACACAGUAGUCCUGUCCUGAUGUGGGGGGAGUGCAUAGCAGCUCCUGUGUAAUGUGUUAGUUCAGGUUAAUGCUCCCAUGCUUUUUUUAGAAAGCUAAAGUAGUUGAACGCUUUAGCAUUUUGGCUGUGCCUGCUAUAGAAGGGCUACAUUAAAACGUUUCAUGGUACAUCCUUAAAGGUCAACUUAUUUACUAAUGUUUGUUUGCAGUAAAGCUGUACGAAGUUUGGGGCAGUCUGGAAAAAUGAAAUAAAAUAUCAUACUUGGAUUGUUGUCUAGGUAAAACUCUGCCUCUUUUCCUGCAAAAGUGUGAGCUGGGUUGGCAAAGACCAAACCAUUCUCAAGCCUGUGGCCACACUGACAAAAGAUCCGCUCCAGCGUUGCCACUCUCACCAUUCUUCCUGGAUGAGGAGAUGCCAUUGAGUUCUAAGAGGUCCAAUAAGAGAGUUCUUCUGCAAUAUAAAUAGCUCUUGAGCUGGGAAGGGGGUGUUCCUCUGCAUACCAGUGAAUUCUUCUGUACACACAGAGAAAUGUGGCUGCAGUGCCUGAUAUCAGGGGCUUAAUUGUGUGUGGGUUUUUCCUUUUCCACUUGAAAAAGCUGCUCUUCCAUACUGUAUCUUUGGCAGCUUUUCAGUAAUUCACAUUUUAGGGGGGGAAGUGGGUUUGCACUAAUCAAAGUAGCACAGAUGUCUAGCAGCACUUAACUCUUCUGGCUGAAUUCUUGAGGGGGAUGCUUAAACGAGAGAACCUCUUCAAAAAAAAAAA